AUGUCUGCUCUUCGCAUGGCCGCGCGCCGACUGCCUCGCGCAUCCAAGCUGGUCCCUACCCUUGAAUCGCCAGUGCGCCGAUUCACCACUGCCAAUGUGGCUAAGGCACAGAAGGAGGCAACUCUCCCCAACCCCGACCCCUCAGCGGACUCAGUCACUGCCUCGUUUAUCAAUGAGCGGGCUCCGUUCAUGGUCCCGACCUACGUUCGCCCGGCACCCAUGAUGCUGAAGGGACAGGGCUGCUACUUGUGGGAUAUGGAAAACCGCCGCUAUUUGGACCUGACAGCAGGUAUUGCCGUCAACUCCCUCGGCCACUGUGACCCCGAGAUCGCCAAGAUCAUUGCAGAGCAGGCUGAAACCCUUAUCCAUGCCUCCAACCUUUACCAUAACCCUUGGACUGGUGCUCUGAGUAAAUUGCUCAUUGAGUUGACUCACAAGUCUGGUGCCAUGCGCGAUGCGUCCCAGGUCUUCAUUUCCAACUCCGGCACUGAGGCCAACGAGGCCGCCAUCAAGUUUGCCCGCAAGGUCGGCCGCACUCUGAACCCUUCCGGCGAGAAGCACGAGUUCGUGUCCUUCAACGGCUCGUUCCACGGCCGCACAAUGGGUGCCCUCUCGGCCACUCCCAACCCCAAGUACCAAACUCCCUUCUCGCCCAUGAUACCCGGCUUCAAAUACGGUGACUACAACCAGAUCGACCAGCUUCAAACUCUCAUCACCGACAAAACUUGCGGAGUAAUUAUCGAGCCCAUCCAGGGUGAGGGUGGUGUCAACAGCGCUACUCCCGAGUUCCUUGUUGCUCUGCGUAAGCGCUGUGACGAGGUCGGCGCUGUCCUAAUUUUCGAUGAGAUUCAGUGCGGUCUGUCCCGUACCGGUUCCCUCUGGGCUCACGCCCACCCAUCUCUCGCUCCGGCUUCCGGAGAAGCUGCCCACCCCGAUAUCUUGACCACUGCUAAGGCCCUUGGUAACGGUAUCCCAAUUGGUGCCACCAUUGUCGCUGGCAAGACUGUCGGCCAGCACAUCAAGACUGGCGACCACGGCACCACCUUUGGUGGUAACCCUCUGGCCUGCCGCGUCGCUCACCACAUUGUCGAGCGUCUCGCUGAGCCCGAGCUCCAGCAGGCCGUCAAGGACAAGUCUGCUCUCUUUGUGUCCGGCUUCGAGACCCUACAGAAGAAGUUCCCCGGCGUGAUCUCUGAGAUCCGUGGCCGCGGUCUCAUCCUUGGUCUCCAGCUUGCCCCGGAGUUCACCGCCAAGGCGGGUGACAUUAUCACUGCUGCCCGUGAGCGUGGCAUGCUUAUCAUCACUGCUGGUGAAGGCUGCAUUCGUUUUGUCCCUGCUCUGACGAUCACCGAGGACCAGAUUCAGACCAGUCUGCGUAUCCUUGAGCAGGCCAUGGAAUCAGUCGUGAAGGCAUAA